UACUCCUGAAAAACACAGCGAUGGAAGGUGUGCCUUCAGGAGAUAUUCAGGCGAAGUAUCAGAAGUUGGCUUCGGAGUAUUCAAAGUUGAGGGUGCACGUGAAGGUGUUAAAAAAGGGUGUUUUAGAUGAACAGGCGAAAUCGAAUGAGUUUCGAGAAGCAUUAAAGGAGAAGGAAAAAAGUUUGAGGAAAGGAGAAUUAGAAAUAGACUCGUUAACAUUUCGGAAUCAGCAGCUCACUCGGCGUGUGUCCGUCCUUCAGGACGAGCUCGAGUCGUUCCAGUUAAAAUUGACAAAGAAAUCGAAGAGUAAAACAGAUGAUAAACAACCUUCUACCAGUAACACAGCUCCACUGGACUCUGGGCUGCUGCAAGAGGAACUUCAGAAGAAGAUCUUGGAAAAUGCACAGUAUGCUUCACAGCUUGCAGACAAAACAUUCGAAGUGUCUCAACUUAAAGCCACACUAGAAGACUACCAGCGGCUCAUAAAUGAGAGCGACAGUAAAUACAAGUGUGAAAUUGCGAAGCUACGAAACAAAAAUCAAGAACUACAAUUUGCUCUGGAAGAGACACAGAAAGAAAGACUUGGUGGCACGCCGAAUAAAAUUCAUCAUAUUCCGCCGAAUAGUCAAGCAGCUAGUUGUAAUGGAGAUUUCUUAUCUGAAGGUGGAAGUUUGUAUGGUGAACCAUUUCAGAUCGGAAGCGAAGAUGCUCUGAGUUCGGUAGAUGACUUGAAUGUAAAUGAGCAGCUUAGUAUGAAAGUGCACAAUGUAGAACAGGAUAACCAAAAACUAAGAAUGAAAUACGAGCUACUCCAAAUGGAAAACGAAAGCCUUAAACUAGAAAUAGGGAAAUAUAUAUCGGCAUCACAAAGAAGAAGAGGUGACGGUCAUGAUAGUGGAGAUUUCAACCAUUUCAAUGAGACCUCUGUAGAUGGAGAAGGCAGAGUGACUGGCCUAUUAGGAAGCUUAGAGGUGCCGUUCUUGUUGAACCAAGAGGUGCAAGCAAGGGAAGACCGAAUGACGACGUACUUCAGGAAUAAAACUAGCGAGCUGAAAGCUGAGAAGGAAGAAUUGAAGAGCAAGACUGAACAUUAUGUGAAGGAGUGUGAAAUGCUGCGCUUGCGCUUCGAGGAGAUGGAGCGAGACAAACAGGCAGACGCGCGUACGUUGGAAGAGAAGCAUGGCACUAUCAGUAGACUUGAAGAAGAGUUGCACUCAACAGCUCAUAACUACGAAGAACAAAUGAGCGUAUUAACAGAGCACGUGGCCACUUUGAACGAGCAGCUGACGCGACAGCACGAAUAGUUUACUCAUUCGACUAUAAACCUAAUGUCAGAGAUUUUUGCUAAUGUCGCAGGUGAUUCAAUGCUAAGUCGAAAAGUUGUAAUCUUGUUGUAAGACGUGUUUAUAAUUAUGUUAUAGAGUAUAGUGUAAUUCACAGACAUCGCUAGUACCUUGAAACUUUCCCUUUCUAUACUAUAUUUCGAUAACGAGCUACGCUUGAUCUGGAAUUUUGUAUUUCUGAGGGUUUGUGUUUUAAAUAAAAGAAUUUAUCUUGUAGGACCAAAGGGCAGGCGCUGGUGCAACCAGUAAAUUUUCAGUUUUCUCUACCGAAUUUCGGUGGCAAUUUUUAUUAUUUAAAUGUUCUAGAAUAUUAUUAUGACGUAUUACCUAAUAUUCGAAUGUAGUAUCAUGAAUUAUUAUUUAAUAUUUCACAAUAAUAUAAUCGAAUAUUUAAAUAAGUAAAAUUGCCUUCGAAAUUAGGUAGUUAGUUUUCUGACCUGAACCUUACUCCUAUGAUGUUAACAGUGAUAAUAUAACUAAAACUACAAAGUACAUUUUGUAAAAGAAGUUUGUUUUGCGGAUUGUUAUUCCAAAGAAUAAAGGCGACUUCCCACCCGCGACCCAAGGAAUGCAUGGUAACGCAUACGCGUUCGUAGCGCGAAGUGGGCGGGGCCAGUGCUAGGUUGUCAUUCAGUAAGUGAUUAAUUGUUCAGAUGAAAAGGGCGGGGCCGGUGUGUGGCAGUCGGCUGUGCGAGUAAUCUGUAAAAUCAUGGACCGUAAUGAAACCUACAUGUUCAACGGCAUUGUUGGACUUGUAGUUGAACUACAAUCUUUUAAAUGUAAUUUGUAGUUGCAAUUACGUUUUUCCCCAAUGCUGGGUGUGCAAAAAAUGGUUCCAUCAUUUAAAGAUCUAAGUUCAGAUUGAAGAAAUAAUAAUGUAAUCAUCUUGCAAUCACAGUGAGUAAAAAUUCAACGUCGGAAUAGAGUGUUCCGAAUGAGUAGAUAAAUGUCUACAUAUAGAUACAAGGAAUGACAUAAAAUGGUUAAAACCACCAAAUAUUAAUUAGUUUUUCGGAUUCCGGACUUCCGGAAACAGUUUUAGGUGUUCUUGUUAUUGCAGGAGAAGUAAAAGUCGUGGUUGUUGAAGA